UGAAGCCUUACCCACUCACCACUCAACGCUCCGCUGCAGCAGUCAUGGCUCCAAGACCAGAGGUGGGGACAGAGUCCUCCCCCAGGCUCGAUGACAACAUUUCGUCUAAAGAUAUAGCCCUCCCGCCGGCUUACUCCACCGUAGACCUGGUGAAUGAGGACAAAGACGAGGAUGAUCCCUGGGAUCUCCCAGAGCUCAAAGACACAGGGGUGCAGUGGUCAGAGCUGGACACAAAAGGGAAGAUUAUGAGAGUGCUGACUGGGAUUGUGAAGCUCAUCCUGCUGCUGGGCCUUCUCUACCUGUUUAUCUGCUCGCUGGAUGUGCUCAGCUCUGCUUUCCAGCUCGUUGGAGGCAAAGCUGCCGGUGACAUCUUCCAGGACAAUUAUGUGUUGUCCAACCCUGUGGCCGGCCUGGUGAUCGGGGUGUUAGUCACCGUGUUGGUGCAGAGCUCCAGCACCUCCUCCUCCAUCGUGGUCAGCAUGGUUUCCUCUGGAUUGCUGGAAGUGCAGUCUGCAGUGCCGAUCAUCAUGGGCGCCAACAUUGGUACAUCUGUCACCAACACCAUCGUGGCCGUGAUGCAGGCAGGAGACAGAAAUGAGUUCCGCAGGGCGUUUGCUGGUGCGACCGUUCACGACUUCUUCAACUGGCUGUCUGUGCUGAUUCUUCUGCCUCUGGAAGCAGCCACAGGUGUACUGUACAAACUCACCCUCCUCUUAAUCGAAUCCUUCAACAUCCAGGGCGGAGAGGACGCCCCCGAACUGCUCAACAUCAUCACAGACCCUCUCACCGACUCCAUCAUCCAGCUGGACAAAUCUGUGAUCACUGGCAUCGCAACGGGAGACCCAGCGGCCAGGAACAGGAGUCUGGUCAAAAGAUGGUGCAAAACAGAGACAAACACUACUCUGCAGAACGUUACUGUGGGUAGCUGCAUCAACAUCACCAACUGCUGGGAGAGCGGAGACCAGAACUGGACCACGGUGAACUCGUCUUGGACCGAUUACCAGGAGAAAUGCAAACAUAUCUUUGCCAGUGUGGACCUGCCUGACCUGGCCGUGGGCCUCAUCCUCCUGGCUCUGUCCCUGUUCGUCCUCUGCACCUGCCUCAUCCUCAUCGUCAAGUUGCUCAACUCCAUGCUGCAGGGGCAGGUGGCUGUGGUCAUCAAGAAGGUGCUCAACACAGACUUCCCCUUCCCCUUCGCUUGGGUCACCGGAUACAUCGCCAUUCUGGUGGGAGCAGGGAUGACGUUUAUCGUGCAGAGCAGCUCCGUCUUCACGUCAGCCAUAACUCCUCUCGUUGGCAUCGGUGUGAUCAGCCUGGAGAGGGCGUAUCCUCUGACACUGGGGUCAAACAUCGGUACAACAACCACUGCUAUACUUGCUGCUAUGGCUAGUCCUGGAGAAACGCUAGCCAACUCCUUACAGAUUGCACUUUGUCACUUCUUCUUCAACAUCUUUGGGAUCCUACUGUGGUACCCGAUCCCCUUCACGAGAAUUCCCAUCAGGUUGGCAAGAGGUCUGGGGAACCGUACUGCCAAGUACCGCUGGUUCGCUGCCCUCUACCUCAUCCUCUGCUUCCUGGUCAUGCCUCUGACUGUAUUCGGCCUGUCGCUGGCCGGUUGGCAAGUCCUUGUUGGCGUCGGCGUGCCCCUCGCCGUGCUGCUGGUCUUUGUGAUCGUCGUCAACAUCUUGCAAUCUCGCCGCCCACGCGCUUUACCCAAGGGGCUCCGCAGCUGGGACUUUUUGCCCAAACCUCUGCACUCCAUGAAGCCCUGGGACACCAUGGUGACCUCCACUUUUGGCUUCUGCGGGAGACACUGCUGCUGCUGCUGCCGAUGCUCCAAUUGCUGCAGUCAAAAGGAAGAGGAAGCGGUGACGAGCAUCAGCAAGAAGAGCCUGCAGAUGUACGAUAAUCCGGGUUUGACACAAGAUGACGAUCCAAAAGUUGAGAAAGCAACUCACUUGUAAGGAUUAUGACGUUAAAUGUAAACAAAGUCAAUGCAACAAUGUGUGAGGAACACACGUAAUCGUCCUUCACUGCUCGGGUUGUGUUGAUGUUUUGUCGGAUAAGCACUCUGUUGGACAUUUUAUCAUCCACCUGUUGUUUCUGUAAAGUCUAUAAUGUUUAUUUUAUGACGUGCUAUUGCUCAGACUCCCUUUCUGAUAACUAUGGGCGGCUCCCGCUUCAUUUUUAUAUUUUUUAUGACAUAUCUAAGAGACGUUUGGUCUUAUUUUAUUGAACCUAAAACUGUUAAAUUUAAAAAAAACAAUGUAGCAUUUGAAAUGUUUGUUAUCCUGCAGUAUUUAAGACUCUGAAAUAUUUGUAAAUAAAGAAAUUGCUAUUUUUAA